GAAGUUGAAGGACGUUUCCUGCUCACGCUGAUGUCGGACAAAAUGGCGGCAUUGCGGACGGUCGUGACUCCGUCCAGGUGUGAACUCCGGCUCUUCUCCUGUAGGUUAAUCAGAAGCUAUUUCAGCUCAGACUCCAGCGCGACCUCCGGCAGCGACCAGCCCGCCGACAGACCCAAAUCCGGCUUCGCUGCCGCCUUCGACCUACAGUCGGAGCUCCGGCGGGAGGGGGCCAGCGUCGCGGCCGACCUCGGAGGCUCUUCCUCCGACCAGGUCGUAAGCUUCGCCUCGCUGCUGCGCCGGUCACCGCUGAUCCAGAUGGGACCGGCCAAGGACAGAUUGGUGGUCGGGAGAAUCUUCCAUGUGGUCCAGGACGAUCUGUACAUCGACUUCGGCGGCAAGUUCCACUGUGUGUGCCGGCGGCCCGCGGACGGAGGAGAGAAGCUGCAGCGGGGCAGCAGAGUCCGUCUGCGGCUGCAGGACGUGGAGCUCACAGCCCGUUUUUUGGGGGCCAAAACCGACACCACGCUGCUGGAGGCCCAGGCCGUGUUACUGGGCCCGCUGGAGGGACGGGAAAACCAGAACCGGGACUGAGCAGGCAGGCUGUGUGAGCCUGCUUAGGUUAAAUCAGAAGUUUUCUAAAGGCAGUCUGGCAGCGCCAAGCCCGAGACUGGAGGAAAAAGGCCAGACAUUUCUGUUUGUGUUGUUCGUGAUUAACUGUGGAGGCGGGAAAACUGCGCAGCUGCAGAUAUCACUGAUGUGUGUGAUGCUUUGGACUCUGGACUGCAGCUGUGAUCCGUGAGGACCAGCUGUCAUUCAAAUAAUAAAAGUUAAAGUAA